UCGUGCAAGUUUUUAACAAGUUUUUCAUUAAACACAAUGUAAAUUCGAGCAGGUGCAUUUGAGAGCUGUCUAUAUUAAACCCCCGUCAUCCCUAAGUUGUUGCUAGCGGAGCGAUAAUGGGCAGAUAGGAGGGUCCGCGUGGGCGAAUUACGUCAUACGCCCACCUGUAGCCCGCUCACACAUAGACACGCGAAUACUGUAUAUACAGGGUGUACAAAAUCUAACACUCGCUACUCGAUUUUUUUCACUCCCCUCUUGCUGUCGAAAAAAGAAUAUUAAAACUUAAACUAUACAUAUUUGAUUGAAACAUCAUUAUUUUUCAACUUGUUUACAGAACAUACUGACGAGAUCGUGCGAGAAGUUGCGUGGAAAAAAAAUGAAUGCGAAUCACCGAGUUAGAAUUAAUUUAUAUAAAUCAAAGUGUUCUCAAUUGGAAAGUAUUGUUUUGAAUAUCGAAAUGAAAUAUUUGUUAUUCUAACAUUGUCAAGGAAUAUAUUGUAGGAGGAUGAAAAUUAUCGAUGAAUAUAUGAUAAAAACGACCGAUGCGGGUGAAGGAAAGUGAAAGAAAGGAGCACAGAGUACAUGACAAAAUACCGGGGGUGAAAGGCGGCGCCGGCCGCACCCCGGUGUCGCGACGUCAGUCGUCGUUUCAGCGUGGCUCAACAAGUACACGCGGCGCCUAGCUCAGCACGGUUUCAAAUUUUCGGAGAUCUCGACGUGACUUUUGUCCGUACAGCUAUUCGAUAUUAAAAUGCGUUAAAUCGACGGAUGCAGCACCAAUUGUGAGAGUAAGAUCCACAAAUCGUCUCUUACAAUUCGAUUAAUCAACGAUCCGAUCAUCGACAUUGAUAAAAAAAGAAAGGAAUAUACUAUGCGGUCUAAGGUGACAAACGAGAAUACUUGGGAGACAAAAUGGGCUACGGAAUCGUCGCAGAGCGGUAGGAGCUUACGACGAAAGACAAAAAGAACGGAAUCCUCGGUAUUAAAAUUGUCAAAACCCUCCAGGGGAAAUACGGCACGGGAGAGAACUCUCAGGAGGCUGGAAAGCAAUGAACGCGAGCGUAUGCGGAUGCACAGUUUGAACGAUGCGUUUCAGUCCUUACGCGAAGUGAUUCCUCACGUCACCAAAGAGAGACGGCUCUCGAAAAUUGAGACGUUAACGCUGGCCAAAAAUUAUAUAGUGGCCCUUACAGAUGUAAUAUGCGCCAUGAGAAGCGAGGAACGAUCGGAAGAUCAGCAAACGAACGGCUCCGAAUGCCAAGAUUCGUCAAGCAGCGAACAGCGAUUGGAAUCAACCACUGUUCGCGUGAACAUUCCCGUUGCUUCCAGAUCCCGCGGUUCGGAAACUCAAAAUUUUUAUCAAAAUAAUCGUUCGCGGUGGGAAAAAGACCAGGAUAAUGUUACAGGCCUCUGAAAAGUUACGGCGCUAAACGAUAUCGGGAUAAAGGACGAAUUGAGAUCUCUAACGGUAUUUCGACUAGUCUUCCUUUCCUUAAUCGUGCAUGCGUUUAUGUCUUAAAAAGUUCCAAUAUUCAACGUAUCUGUGCAAGUAUUAUCAAAAUUAACGAUAUAUCUUAUGACUGAUAUAAUAAUCUAAGAAAAAACUAACUAUAUGUGCCAAAGGAAGAUAGUAUUUGCAGAAACGAAUAAAAGAAUAUAUAUAGAUAUUAAUAGUAAUGUUACAAUAGUUUAUUUCAUAUAGAGCAUUAUAUUAUUUUUCGAUAAUAACGUAAGAAAUGAUUAUUAGAGAAUAGAUUACAUAUGUGCGAAAAACUUAAAAUAAUUGCAUUUUCAGAUGCUUUUGCAAAUAGCGAAUGAGUUACAAAGUUUAUAGAAACUCAUUGUUUGUUAUAAAUUACUUUACAAUUUUUAUAUUCUUUU